UCUCGGGUUGCUUGCCCGGUCCGAGAACCGUCUGAGUCGCGGGCUGAGGGCAUGGCUGCGGUGCAGCACAACCGCAGCCCAACACUGCUGAGCCGCAGCCCGCGCCGGUCCGGGUGCCCCUCGCCGGGUGUCCCGCCAGCGGCCUGCGAAGGACCGCAGCGCGGGAGCACCCAGGGCCAGUUUUGCGCCGAAAUGCAGUGGUGGUGCAGGAGCUGUUCGCUACCUAGUAACGUGGUGUUGGUGUGGGGCCAGCAGCUCCGUGCAGUGGCGCUGGAUGAGUGGUGUUGCAAUACUGGCAGUGGAGUAGUCGACUGAGUGAUGGUGUCACAGCAAAACUGCGUCCUUUGAAUGUUACUACGGUACGAGGGUAUCGCAGGGAUUGGCAAGAUGCUUGUUAGUCACUGAGAGCUAAGCGCAUGCAGAAUAAGGAAGAGAGGUUUGUCCUUGGGAUCAGAACAGCAAAUUACAUUUUAAGCCCUGUAGCAAAGGGGAAACAUGGAUUUUAUUUCUCCUACAACUCCAAUGGAUCAAGGUGGCUUGGGAUAGCCCGGAGGUCUUGUCUGUCAUGGUCCUAAAGAGAAAACAGUGAAGGACUCUACUCCGUGCUGGUGAGACUCCACCUGGAGUACUGCAUCCAGCUCUGGACUCCUCAGUUCAGGGAGGACACAGAUCUGUUGGAGCAGGUCCAGAGGAGGGCCACGAAAAUGAUCAGAGGGAUGGAACACCUCUCCUAUGAAGAAAGGCUGAGAGAGUUGGGAUUGUUCAGCCUGGAGAAGAGAAGGCUCCAGGGAGACCUUACUGCAGCCUUUCAAUACUUAAAGGGGGCGUCUAAGAAAGGUGGGGACAGGCUUUUGAGUAGGGCUUGUAGCGAUAGGACAAGGGGUAAUGGUUUUAAACUAAAAGAGGGUAGGUUUAGACUAGAUAUAAGGAAGAAAUUUUUUACAGUGAGGGUGGUGAAACACUGGAACAGGCUGCCCAGAAAGGUGGUAGAUGCCCCAUCCCUGGAAACAUUCAAGGUCAGGUUGGACGGGGCUCUGAGCAGCCUGACCUAGUUGAAGAUGUCCCUGCUCAGUGCAGGGGGGGUUGGACUAGAUGGCCUUUAAAGGUCCCUUCCAACCCAAACUAUUCUAUGAUUCUAUGACCUGGGUGCAAAGCCGUUCUCUUGGCCAUUGGGGAGUCUUUGUAUGCAGUGCCCUGCAGAGAACUGUUUGAAUCCCAUCUGUAUAGCUAAUCCUGGCUAUUCUGGUCCCAGUGUCUAAUAUUAGGAGUGGCCGUAGGGGAUGCCAGGGAGCCGCAAGCUGCAGAGGGAGCACAUUACAUCUAUAGUCUGCCUGUGGUUUUCAGGGCAGACAGAUAGUGCUACUGUGUAGUAACACUAGCUGCACGGAGAAAACACAAGUGGAGAACACAUCACUUGCAAGCUGGUUUUGUUCAGUUUCUCAGGGUCAGGUGCUAUCAUCUGAUCUUGUACAAGUUUGUGGCUAUGUCAUGUCCUUGCCUGAAACUCAUACUAAUGAAUCCUGAGUGCUGGGUGACUAGGAUUUGCAUUUGGAAUGGGAAGUGGAAAUAAAAUUUUUACUGAAAUGCAUCCAGCUUUAAGAGUGUCAGACAAAGCUCUGGAGAGACAGGAGGUGCGCUAUUUUCAGCCACACUCUGGUGAGAGAUCCAUGGUGUAUGUGGGGGGGCACAGAGGGUGAGAUUGACAUGACACGUGUGUAGGACAACUCUGGCCCAUUACCAAGAGCAGAAUCAAAUGUCUAAUCAUAGGCAGAGCAGCAGCUGAGAGUCCAGAAGAGCAGGGAAGGCUGGACUUGACAGUCUCAACUCUCCUCUUGUGUGUGUGUGAACUUGAAGGAGAAAGUGAGCAGAGGGCCUUUUGGGGGACUGCAGAGUCGUGGUGUGAAUUGUGGAGAUGGGAGUAGCGGAUAUUGCCUGUUAAUAACUGGAGUCUGUUUUGAAGUUGGGAAGACAAAAUAUCCAAAGCGCAGAAAUCAUGGGAGCUGAAGAAGAAAUGCUCAUCACUCUGUCUGGAGGUGCCCCCUGGGGCUUCCGGCUGCAAGGGGGUUCAGAGCAGAAAAGACCCCUUCAAGUGUCAAAGAUCCGAAAGAGAAGCAAAGCGUGUCGCGGAGGCCUGUGGGAAAAUGAUGUGCUAGUAUCUAUCAAUGGGAAGUCAUGUGCUGGCCUCUCCCAUGCUACUGCCAUGCAGAUCAUCGAUUCCUCCAAUGGCAUGCUGAACAUCCGCGUGAAAAGGAUAGUUGGUGGGGACCAGACCGGCCCACGGCUCCAGCGCUCCCCUUCUCCAGGGCAGCGAGUGCUCUCCCCGCCAUCCCCACUCAGCCCCCCAGCACAGCUACUCAGCCCUGAGCCGGCCGGAGCCCCGGCCACUGCGCAGCCCUCGCAGCCACGGAGGUCACAGAGGCACCUGGAGAGCCUCACCUCCCCGCCCGACAGUGAGGCCUACUAUGGUGAGACAGACAGCGAUGCUGACAAUGUGGCCCAGGAGAAGCACCGCCGGGCUCGCAAGAAGAGCCCACGCUCCCCACCCGACAGCACCAACAGCAAGGCGGAUGCACCUCAGGACGAGGUGUCCCUGUCCGAACAGAGCGGCUAUGAGAGCAUGCCGGAGGCUGCUGUGCAGGGGGGGGCCGAGGUGGCCAGCUCCAGCGGGGUGGCCAGGAGGGAGAUUGCCUGCCCGCCUGGCAGCCGCACAGACACUCCAUUCUCAGAGAGCGAGGGACAGUUGCAGCCACCAUUGACAGAGGGACGGGAGCCUUCUCCAGAGGCGAUGCUCCUGCCCCAUGCCACCAAGGCUAUCCGAGCAGAACGCCAUCUCAUCCCCAUGGUGGGGCCAGUGGAGCACCCGGUUGAUGAAGACCUAACCACCACAUACGCGGAGAAAGCCAAGCAGGCCAAGCUCCACCGCCACGAAAGCAUCCAAGAGAAGAACGUGAAAGAAGCCAAAACCAAGUGCAGAACCAUUGCAUCCCUGCUGACAGAUGCACCCAACCCCCACUCCAAGGGGGUGCUGAUGUUCAAGAAGCGCAGGCAGAGAGCUAAGAAGUAUACGUUGGUAAGCUUUGGGAGUGUUGACGAAGACCGCUCCUACGAGGAGGAAGACGGAGUUUUUCCAACUAGCGAGUCUGAAUUUGAUGAGGAAGGUUUCUCUGAUGCCCGAAGCCUAACUAAUCACUCAGACUGGGACAACACUUACCUGGACAUUGAGAAGUCCAAGUCUGACUCUGAACAGAAGGAAGAGAAGCAAAAAGGUUUGAGUGAGGCCUCAGGUAAAGGAGCACGAUUAUUUGAGCAGCAGAGGGAACGGGCUGGGAAGUACACAGUCGAGAGAGUCCCGGUGCAGAAGAGCCCCCAGCUUGCCCCAGCUGCCCAGCCACAGCAGGGCACAGUGAACGGAGAUAUGCCUGUGCCACAGAAGGCAGACAGCAUGUCCCUCAGCAUCCACCUGGAAGGUGUGCAAGUGCCCAGCAAGCAGGCAGCCACCCUCCCCACUCAGCUCCUAGCUCCCCCUAGCCCCACUUUUGUCCCACCUCCCCCAAGCACCCCCGACUCCUUCUCUGCAAGCUCAACAAGCAUGUUCAACAGGUCUGCACGGCCCUUUACUCCUGGCUUUUCUGGCCAACGCCCAGCAACAUCCUCUGUCAUCUUCAGGCCAUCCGCACCCAAAAAACCUAGUGAAAGUCUGAGUGGGCAAAGCACGGUGGUUCCCCCUUUCUCACCUCCGGCUCCAGGAACACCUACCAAUGCACCAGUGCCAACACACCGCGGUCCAGUCAGCUCCUCCACAUCUCUCUAUAUUCCUGCACCAGGAAGGCCAACACCACCACUGGAGUCACAGCCAAGAGGAGGAGGAGGAGGUGCUCCAGAGACUAAGCCUUCUGCCAACACUGCCCGGACAUCCACCACCUCUAUCUUUCUGUCAACUCCCUCAAAGCCAGGAGGGGACGCCUCUGCAGCAUCCCAGCCACGAGUCCCUGGAACAGCCUCUUCUUCUUUGUAUAUUAGUCCAGCACCAUCACAGCACAUGGUAACCAGUUCCCCCAUGCCAAAGCAGCCUUCUCCUGCUGUCUCACCAGCAAUGCCACGACCUCCUUCUGAGCCCUUAACCUCCAGGGAGCAGAGGAUUGCCACGCCAGCUCCCCGCACAGGCAUCCUGCAGGAAGCUCGCCGGCGGGGCAACAAGAAACCCAUGUUCAGUAAGAUUGAGGAGAAGAAGAAGAAUUCACCGAACCCUGAGCUCCUGUCUCUGGUGCAGAACCUGGAUGAGAAGCCAAAAGGUGACCACCCUGGCACAGGCUUCGAGUCUGGGCCUGAGGAGGACUUCCUCAGCCUGGGUGCUGAGGCCUGCAACUUCAUGCAGUCCUCUGGCCGCAAAUUCAAGACCCCACCUCCAGUGGCUCCUAAGCCUCAGCAGCAAGAUGCUGGACUGGUAAAUGGGGCCCAGGACAUGCCUCAGCUUAAAGGCAAGGGGGCAGAGCUCUUUGCCAAACGCCAGAGCCGCAUGGACAAAUUUGUGGUGGAGACAACACCGAAGCCAGAAUCCAAGCCUAGAACCCCCUCUCCUUCCCCUUCUCUACCCUCAUCCUGGAAAUAUUCACCCAACAUCCGGGCUCCCCCUCCAAUAGCUUACAACCCAAUGCAUUCCCCUUUCUAUCCCCUGGCAGCCAGCAAAUCUCAGGCUAGCAAAGCAGAGAGCAAAGUGAAAAAGGCACCUGGCCAGAAAUCAGGGAUCAAGGUCAUUGAUUUAAUGCGCCACCAGCCCUAUCAAUUAAAGUCAGCCAUGUUCUGUUUUGGGGAAACCCCAAGCUCCAGCAUUCAGGAUUCUCCUGGACAGCCAGCCCCGCAGGCUAGGUCAUCCUUCAUAGCAGCCAAGCAGAUCCCCGUGAAAACAGCCAAGACCCAGGAGAUUCGUCGCUUCUCCACUCCGGCUCCCAUGCCAGCCUCAAGCAGCCUGGCACCCACUGUGCUUGCGCCCCGCUCGGCCACCACAUUGGAUGAGCCAGUGUGGAGAACAGAAAUGGCCUCUUCUGCCCCCGCUACACCAGCGCCCUUCCAGGUGGAGCUCAGCCAGUCCCCUAAGCCAUACCAGAGCUUCCCAGAGCCUGGUCAGGCAGGCCAGGGGCCUUCCCCAAACCCAGCCUCGGCCUCUCGGUUUCAGGUAGCCAGGCCCAAAUUCUCAGCAGCAAGAACGGGGAUGCAGGCCAAUGUGUGGAGGCCGAGCUUUGGCCACCACUGAGGCAGGCACCCCUCCCAUCCCAUCUGUGGCCCCGCAGAGAUAGUGCUCGAUUUGUCUUUCAUGUCAGCUCAGUACAUUGAGAUGAGUGACACAAAAUGAAGAAAAGAGAAAAAAAAAAAAUUACUCCCCUUCUGUACCACCCUCUCCCCCAGCCUCCCCUUGGUCUCAGAUGGGCAGCUUCAUGGCAAGGCUUACUAGCUGUGGCUACAGCAGGAGGAAGAAUGUGAAGAGAGGGCCCAAGUAUGGUACAGAGAGACUGGGAACUUGCAUGCAGCAGCAAAACCCACCUCUGGAGGGGGUGAAUGGCAGGGGUUGUCUCACAUAAGGACAUGUGAGACUUGUCCUCGGUAGUGGUUUUCCUUUCCCAAGGGCUUUGGAGUCAUCCCUGAAUGGAGGGAGACUUGGGGGGCAAGAGCUUUCCAGGAAGAAAAGGUCAGAGGUGGGAUUACAGUACAGAAGCCCUAGCUUCCCCAUUAGACUGCUUUUCUAUGAGCCUGUCAGUCUGUACACAUGCACACACAUGCACACAGCAACACUCAGCAGGGAGUGAAAGUAGAAGUGGGGCUUUGCCUUGGACACUUCUCCCAGACUCCCUUCCAGAGGGGCAUGGGAAAGGAGGUGAGAGAGCAGAGUGAGCAGGGGUGUUUGCACAUGCACACGUGGGCAGUGUGCCGUGCACAGGAGGGUGGCCACGUGUGCCCAUUCCUCCAGUCACCAGGGCUGGGGGUAAAAAGGAGAGUCAUCCUAGCUGGUGCUAAACAUGGCUAUUAGG